AUGCAGACUAGCUUGCCGUCACGGUCGCUACCCACCUGGGGCCGGCCUGUAAGCCCUUCUCGGAUAUGCAAAACGGCAAAGGGCGGCCGGUCCUUUGUCUCCGUCUGUCCGCAAGCUGACUUGGUGGGGAGCUUGCCAUCUGCACAGGCUCUCCUGCUCGGCUGCUGGUCCAUGAAUGAGACGCAAAGUCGUGCGGGGGUGGAGCUUGGGUGGUGGAUGGCACUGAUGGUUGGCAGGAUGCAAACCCCCCGCCUUGCUUGGCCGUCGAGCUGCAGCAAGCCAAGGCGUAGCGACAAUCGAGUUAAGCCGGAGAUGGGUCGGGGCAGAGGCGCAGCCAGUGUCGCUGUAUUGGCUGGAGGGUGUUUUUUUUCUUGGAGCAUUAAAGUCAAGCAAGGCAUUGAAGUCAAGCAGAGGAGCAGCCAGUUCAGUGCAGUUACGUCAGCUGCCUACGUCAUCAGGCCCGUGGUAUCCCCGAGGCCGUAA